AGCUGCUGGGGCUCAGGUUCCCAGGACAAGGCCGAGAUGGCGACUGUAGCUUGGAUACUGGGUCGACGCGUGGCGAGCUGGAGGCCGCGGCCGCCCCUGCAGCCGCUCGCCGGCCUGAUUACCCAGCGGGCCAACUCGCUGUUGCCCGUGGACGAUGCAAUCAAUGGGCUAAGCGAGGAGCAGAAGCAGCUUCGUCAGACCAUGGCUAAAUUCCUUCAGGAGCAUCUAGCACCCCAUGCCCAGGAGAUUGAUCGGAGCAAUGAGUUCAAGAACCUGCGAGAGUUUUGGAAGCAGCUGGGGAACCUGGGGGUCUUGGGUGUCACAGCCCCUGUUCAGUAUGGUGGCUCUGGCCUGGGCUACCUGGAACACGUGCUGGUGAUGGAGGAGAUAUCCCGAGUCUCUGGAGCAGUGGGUCUCAGUUACGGUGCCCACUCCAACCUCUGCCUCAACCAAAUUGUUCGUAAUGGAAACGAGGCCCAGAAGGAGAAGUACCUCCCCAAGCUGAUCAGCGGUGAAUACGUCGGAGCCCUGGCCAUGAGUGAGACAAAUGCUGGCUCCGAUGUUGUCUCCAUGAAGCUGAAAGCAGAAAAGAAAGGAGACCACUAUGUCCUGAAUGGCAACAAAUUCUGGAUCACCAAUGGCCCUGAUGCUGACGUCCUUGUUGUCUAUGCCAAGACAGAUCUGGCUGCUGUGCCAGCUUCUCGGGGCAUCACAGCCUUCAUCGUGGAGAAGGGUAUGCCAGGCUUCAGCACCUCCAAGAAGCUGGACAAGCUGGGGAUGAGGGGCUCUAACACCUGCGAGCUAAUCUUUGAGGACUGCGAGGUUCCUGCUGCCAACAUCCUGGGCCAUCGAAGUAAGGGCGUCUACGUGCUGAUGAGUGGGCUGGACCUGGAGCGGCUCGUGCUGGCCGGUGGGCCCCUCGGGAUCAUGCAGGCCAUCCUCGACCACGCUAUUCCCUACCUACACGUGAGGGAAGCCUUUGGCCAGAAGAUCGGCCACUUCCAGUUGAUGCAGGGGAAGAUGGCAGACAUGUACACCCGCCUCAUGGCCUGUCGGCAGUACGUCUACAAUGUCGCCAAGGCCUGUGAUGAGGGCUACUGCACUGCCAAGGACUGCGCUGGGGUGAUUCUUUACUCAGCCGAGUGCGCCACACAGGUAGCCCUGGACGGCAUCCAGUGUUUGGGUGGCAAUGGCUACAUCAAUGACUUCCCCAUGGGCCGCUUUCUGAGAGAUGCCAAGCUGUAUGAGAUCGGGGCUGGGACCAGUGAGGUGAGGCGGCUAGUCAUCGGCAGAGCCUUCAACGCAGAAUUCCACUAACUCCAAGACCCUUCAUCCCCUUUCCCAGCACCUAGAGGCCUUUCUCUGGAAGGAGAGACGCGGCAGCUCUUCUCCAGGCAGGCCCUGCCCACCGGCCCAGGGAAAGUGUGCAGCAGCUUAACAUGGACUCCUCAGGAAGCAUGCUGGCUUUUCUGGGGCUCAGUGGGAGGGCUUUGGUGACUCUGUGCCCUUGCUCUCUAACUUCAAGCCUGAUGCCCCACCCCCGCUCCCAGGGUGGGCACCUUUUUUCCUGGUGAGCCUCUGCCAGGGAACUCUGCUCAAGUACACAAGAAGCGUUGCCCCUCUCCUUCAUUUGAACUUGGUAGCGUCUUUUCUUUCUGGGGAAAAAUACCCCCCAAACCUAGCCUCUUUUUCUGCCAAUUUCUAGAGGCAUCAGCUCUCAGCAGCUUGUGAGUAGGCACCCCCUCUGCAGCAACCCCUCCAUCCCUCAUUCUUUAAGCUGAAAUCCUACCACUGGGGUAGAGGUCUGGAAAUAGGCAUCUCAGAACACCUGUGCCACCCAGAGUCCACGGUGGGGCAGAGGUCAGCGUGCUCGUGAAGGACGGGGCUCAAUGCCUCCAGCACAACGCUGCCACCGCCACCGUCCAGUCCUGGCCAUGUGACAGCCCACAGCUGACUGGGCAGCAGGCCUGGGUUGGCUGGCUUAACUCCAGCCAAGGCUGCCUGCAUACAUUUCUCUGGACACCCUAUGGCUAAUUUUGUUACAACUGCACAGUGGCUGCUGCCAUUUUGUAUUAAACAUUUCGUGAAGCAAA